UCGAUAACACGAUGACGCACACUCGUCCAUAGACAAAAACACCAGACUUCGCGUAGGAGACAAAACGCAAUUAGGAAAAAUCUUAAAAUAAGUGGAAUUCGGGCAAGUUGAGCUUGUGGAAAAACCAGAAAACAAAAUGAGUUUCUUUGGCAAAAUGUUUGGUGGAAAAAAGGAGGUGGCGCCGACGACAGGCGAGGCGAUACAAAAGCUGCGCGAGACAGAGAACAUGCUGAUGAAGAAACAGGAGUUUCUCGAGUCAAAAAUUGAAGAGGAGUUGAAUACAGCACGCAAAAAUGCAUCCAAAAACAAAAGAGUUGCUUUGCAAGCGCUCAAAAAGAAGAAGCGUCUGGAGAAGCAGCUACAGCAAAUCGAUGGCACGCUGUCCACCAUUGAGAUGCAACGUGAGGCUUUGGAGAGCGCCAACACAAACACUGCCGUCUUGACCACGAUGAAGAAUGCCGCCGACGCCCUGAAACAUGCUCAUCAACACAUGGAUGUGGACAAGGUGCAUGACAUGAUGGACGAUAUUGCCGAACAACAAGAUGUGGCCAAGGAAAUCUCCGAUGCCAUUUCCAAUCCCGUUGCCUUUGGCGCCGAUCUGGAUGACGAGGAUCUCGAGCGGGAACUCGAUGAGUUGGAGCAAGAGAACUUUGAUAAAGAGAUUAUUGGCAUCCCAGAGCCAACGCCCACGUUGCCAGAAGCGCCAUCCGAAGACUUGCCGGAGAAGGCCAAGGAGAAGAAGAAGGCGCCACCUGCAGCAGCUGCACUGGCCGAUGAUGAUGAUCCAGAUGUCAAGCAAUUGCUGCAAUGGGCCAACUAAAAACGCUAUUGAAAUCUCCUCCCCCUCAUUGUUUUAUUUUGCUAGUUUCAUUUUGAACAAUUUCUUUUGUUUGCAAUUGAAGAAUGGAUUAAGGAAAUCAAAUGUCAUUUGGAAAAUGCAAAAGAAGCUCUGGUUUUAAUUGCGAAAAAAGAAAACAAUUAUCAUGAUACAUGCGUAUUAUUCAAAAUAGCAAUGUGAUUUUAUAAAUAUUAAUAAUAACAAAAUAAAAGAAAAUAGUCAGCAGGCCACACAACACGUCACACACAUAGAACACCGUUAUUAACAAAAAACAA